AUGUCAGAUAAAGCAAGCAAACGUGUAAAGGAAGAAGAUCCUGAAGUGAUCAAAACAGAAGAACAAGAUGACGACGAUCUUGACAUUGGGCCAUCUUUACCAACGGCAGAUGAAUUGCCGAAAAAAAAGAAAAGGACUUUGAUUCAUGAAAAAUUAUAUUUGGAUCAUUUACCAUCAGCUGAUAUGUAUGAGCGAAGUUAUAUGCACCGCGAUGUUUUAAAUUACGUAGCUGUUACAAAAACGGAUUUUAUAAUCACAACCUCAGUUGAUGGGCAUUUGAAAUUUUGGAAAAAAAAUGAACGAGGAAUAGAAUUUGUUAAACAUUUUCGAUCACAUCUUGGAAACAUAACAGGUAUCAGUGUAUCUGCAGACGGGCUAUUACUUGCCACUAUAGCCGUAGACAAAGCACUGAAAGUAUAUGAUGUCAUAAAUUUUGAUAUGAUCAACAUGAUGAAAUUUGAUUAUGUACCCAAUUGUAUUUGUUGGAUCCACAAAAGAGGACAGGCACAAUCUCUAGUUGCUUGUUCAGACCAUAAUUCAGGCAAUAUUUAUAUUUAUGACGGAAGAGGUGAUUCCACACCAUUACAUGUACUCUCAAAUAUACAUUCCAGUCCCGUUCAUUUAAUGGCGUACAACGAGGCAUAUCAUUGCGUUGUAUCAGCAGAUUUAUCGGGUAUGGUAGAAUAUUGGUCACCUGAUGAGCCUUUCGAAUUACCAAAAACAGUUUCGUUUGAAUUUAAAUCAGACACUGAUCUUUACGAGUUUAAAAAGUCCAGAUCUGUUCCAACAUCAUUAACAUUUUCACCAGAUUAUACACAAUUUGUUACCAUGAGUAUUGAUGAUCGUCAAGUACGCGUUUUCAGGUUUUCAACCGGAAAGUUGAUUAGAAAAUAUGAUGAGUCUUUAACAGUUAUGGGUACUACUGUUUACAAAUUAGAUGAUAUGGAGUUUGGUCGUCGUUUGGCUGUCGAACGUGAAUUGGAAAAGACGCAACAAGCUAAUACUAUGAAUGCUGUGUUUGAUGAGACCGGAAAUUUCAUAAUUUAUCCUACGUUGCUGGGUAUCAAAGUGGUUAAUUUAACCACCAAUAAAGUUGUGAGACUAAUUGGCAAGACAGAACCUCAUCGUUUUUUAAACAUGGCAUUGUAUCAAGGAGCACCAAAGAAAAAAGGCAUUGUCACGUUGGCGAUGGCAGCAUCAGACAAUCCUCUAAUGAAAGAAAGUGAAGAGACAGAUCCAACAUUAUUUUGCACAGCAUUCAAGAGAAAUCGAUUUUUUAUGUUUACACAGAGAGAACCUGAUUCACAUGAUUCACAUAAAGGAGAUCGGGAUGUAUACAAUGAAAAACCUUCACGUGAAGAACAAACAGUCGCCUCAGCUACGCCAACUAAACAAAAAUUGGGAAAUACGGCGAUUUUACGUACUACAUCAGGAGAUAUUCAUAUAAGAUUAUUUCCUGAAUAUGCACCAAAAGCUGUUGAAAAUUUUGUAACACACGCAAAGAAUGGAUAUUAUAAUAAUGUGAUAUUUCAUAGAGUUAUAAAAGAUUUUGAGGAUGAAUUUCACAGAGAUCUCCGUCAUGAUAGGCCAUACACAGUAAGUAUGGCUAAUGCGGGACCUAAUACCAAUGGAUCACAGUUUUUUAUCACUGUCGUUCAAACGCCGUGGCUCGACAAUAAACACACUAUAUUUGGACGAGCAACCGCAGGAAUGGAUGUGAUUCAUACAAUAGAAAAUGUAAAGACAGAUAAAUUGGAUAAACCGUAUGAAGAUAUAAAGAUUCUUAACAUAGAGAUUCGAUAA